AUGUAUCUAUCUAUCUAUCUAUCUAUCUAUUAUAACCUAGGAAAGGUAUGCUACAACAGUAUCUAUCUAUCUCAGUCAGUUCCCAUCUAUCUAUCUCUAUCAGUGAAUUCUUAUCUAUCUAUCUAUCUAUCUAUCUAUCUAUCUAUCUAUCUAUCUAUCUAUCUAUCUAUCUAUGUCAGUCAAUUCCAAUCUAUCUAUCUAUCUAUCUAUCUAUCUAUCUAUCUAUCUAUCUAUCUAUCUAUCUCGGUCAGUUUUCAUCUAUCUAUAUCAGUGAAUCCCUAUCUAUCUAUCUAUCUAUCUAUCUAUCUAUCUAUCUAUCUAUCUAACCUUAUCAUUUUUGAUACAUUUGAUAGCUUUUUCUUCUUCUUCUUCUUCUUCUUCUUCUUCUUCUUCUUCUUCUUCUCCUCCUCCUUCUACUUCUGCUCCUUCUUCUUCACCGUCUUCUUCUUCUCCUUCUCCUCCUCCACCUUCUUCUUCUCUUCCUCUUUCUCCUCCUCCUCCUCCUUCUUCUUAUUCUCUUCCUCCUCCUUCUCCGUCUUCUUCUUCUCCACUCCUUCUUCUCUAGAUAUAUCUCUUCCUCCUCCUUCUUCUUGGUAUAUCUCCUUCUUCUUCACAAAUACCUUCUUCUUCUACUUCACCUCUCCUUCUUCUUCUCCACCUCCUCCUCCUCCUCCUUCUUCUCCUCCUCCUUCUUCUCCUCACUCUUAUCCUCCUCCUCCACCUACUUCUUCACUUCCUCUUUCUCCUCUUCCUCCUCAUUCUUCUUCUUCUUCUUCCUUCUUCUCCUCCUCCUUCUUCUUCACCUCUCCUUCUUCUUCUCGUCCUCUUCCUCCUCCUCCUCCUUCUUCUUUUUCUUCUUCUUCUUCUUCUUCUGUAUGUAUGUAUGCAUCUAUCUAUCUAUCUAUCUAUCUAUCUAUCUAUCUAUCUAUCUAUCUAUCUAUCUAA